AUGCUCCUGCUCUUGCUGGCCUUUCUUCUGUCCCCGGGGGCUGUGACAGAGGAGAUCAUCGGGGGCCAUGAGGCCAAGUGCCGUCCCCACCCCUACAUGGCAUUAGUUAAGUUCCUGACUAAGGAUAGCUGGAAACGGUGUGGCGGUAUCCUCGUGUGGAGGGACUUUGUUCUGCAAACAGCUACUCACUGCUGGGGAAGCUCCAUCACUGUCACCCUGGGGGCUCACAACAUCAGCAAGCCUGAGAGCACCCAGCAGGUCAUCAAUGUGAACAGAGCUUUCCGUCACCCAGACUAUAAUUCUAAAAACCUCUCCAACGACAUCAUGCUGCUGAAGCUGAUGAGAAAGGCCAAGCUGACCUCAGCCGUGAAGCCCCUCAGCCUGCCCAGCCCCAGGGCCCAGAUGAGGCCAGGACAGGUGUGCAGUGUGGCCAGUUGGGGCAUGGUGGUCAUGGGCACUUUAGCCACCACCCUGCAGGAGGUGCAUCUGACAGUCCAGAAGAAGCAGAUGUGUGAAGCCUCCAUCUUCCAAGGCUUUUAUAGCCGAGACACCCAGAUCUGCGUGGGGGACCAGAACAAGAUGAAGAGCAGCUUCAAGAAGCCACCCAUGCCCAGGGGCCCAGGGGAUCUGGUGUGUGGUGACAACUCAGCCCAGGGGAUCUUCACCUACGGACAAAGGAAUGGGACACCUCCAGGAGUCUUCAUCAAGAUCUCAUCCCUCCUGCCCUGGGUAAGGAGGACAAUGAGGCACCCCCUGCAUUGGAGGUAUGGCAGCCAGUAA